AUGACACCUGCUUCUGCUAGAGGGCUGAUUGAAAAACUGGCGUCCAACUCACAACAAUUCAAUAUGAGGAGUGAUGUCAUAGUUGUGAGGGGUGUGCAUGAUGUGGUAGCCUCAGAUUCCACUGAACACAAAAAGCUGGAGAGUAAGAUUGAUGCUCUCACCACCUUGGUUUCACAACUGGCUUCAAAUCAAAAAUCAGCUCCACCACCAGCAAAAGUAUGUGGCAUCUGCACUUCAAUUAAUCAUCCAACAGAUGCUUGUCCCUCUUUGCAAGACUCUUCUACAGGUCCUGAUGCUCCACAAGCAUAUGCUGCCAACAUCUACAACAAUAGACCUCCACAAAAGCAACAGAAUUAUGAUCUGUCUUCCAAUAGAUACAAUCCUGGUUGGAGGAAUCAUCCUAACCUGAGGUGGGGAAACCCUCAACAGCAGCAAAAUCCACCACCUUUCCAGAAUAAUCCCUCAAGUUCUACAUAUCAGCCUCCUCAACAAAGACCUCCUCCUGCACCUGCAGCCCAACUAGCUCAACCUUCUACUUCUUCUGAGCCUUCAUUGGAGGAGCUGGUGAGGCAGAUGACCAUCCAAAACAUGCAGUUCCAGCAAGAGACCAGAGCUUCCAUUCGGAGUUUGACAAAUCAAAUGGGUCAGAUGGCUACUCAGUUGAAUCAGGCACAGUCUCAAAAUUCAAACAAGUUGCCUUCACAGACUGUGCAGAAUCUGAAAAAUGUGAGUGCCAUCACCUUGAGGUCAGGCAAACAGAUUGACAUACCCACUGCAGUACCUCCACCUCCAUCUGCACAUGUGCCAGUUCCAUCAUCUGCACCUGAGCAAAUUCAUGAACCAGUUGGUGCCCAAAAUUUUCAUGCAGGUGGACCUUCUUCCAGCACCAAUUCUUCUGAUUUUCAGGAGCCUCCUAUCCCUCUUCCAUGA